AUUCACCAGUUUCCCGUCGUUCCUAGCUGGAAGGGACUAACUCCAAGCUGUCACGAGGAAGUAAAUAGUUGUCCUUUCUUAACGCGGCAGUUGUCUUUCUUAUUACGGUAAAACUGCCAAUAUUGUGGUUAUACUUAGUUUGUGACGUAAUCAGAAGGCACAAUUUUUAAAGGAAUGGUUUCCCUUUGAUGAAUAUUGUCUAUUCAGACGCGAACAUGUUUGACAAAAUUGAGCAGUCUGUGAUCAUUUUGCUGUCUGUAUGCUGUCUCGGGCAACUGACCACUACAACAAGCCCAUUGACAACAAGCGUACAGCCAUCGGGAGAAUGUUUCCAGUUCUCAGGCACGAGUUGUGAAGACUGUUUGCGUAAUGUUUCAUGUCUGUGGUGUAAUGCUGAUAAAAAGUGCAUAAAUUAUCCAGUUAAAAAAUUGCUUCCACCAUCAUCACUUUGUGCUCUUUCAGAGGCUCGAUGGGGAGUUUGUUGGGUGAACUUCCAGGCGUUAAUCAUUGCCUUGGCUAUAAUAGCUGGACUCCUCCUGAUCAUGAUCUUUGUCUGCUGUUGCUACUGCUGUUGGUGCCGAAGACGGUACAGAAGGCAAGAGCUGGAGGAAGAAGAAAGGCUUACCAGGGAGCGUGAAGAGAGAAAACAGCGUGCUGAAGAGCGAAGUGCAGAAAGGCGAAUAAGGCAUAAUGAAAUCCGUAAAAAGUAUGGUCUUCUAACGGACAAUGACAGCCCAUACAGUCGGUAUGAGAAUGAGUGAACAUACAGUUUAUGCAGAAUAGUUGUUUUUUAGUUUUUUCAAUUUAUUUUAAGAAUUUGGAUUUAGUUCACUUCAGUUAAUUUUAAAAAUUGUGUUAGAAGAGUACAGAACUUUUCAAUGGGUGUUCUUCAUUGUCUAGUGGAAUAUGUUUGCUUUUUUACUUUUUUUGUGUUUUACCACAUAACACUCUUAGGCAUGUAACACAAUUAAUUUACAUGUUACAUUAAAACGUUUAGCCAUCACUUGGCAAUAUUGGUAUAAAAUUAAUUUAUGUUUGAGUUUUCAUGCACAUGUUGGGGAUUUUUUACCAUGUUUAUUUGUACUGUAAUAAAAUGAAAAGCCUUAUUUGUUGUUACAAAUGUAUUGUUAUUUCUAUAUAGAGUACUAAAACCAUUAUGUUUCUUUCAUACAAAAAUGAAGAUGUUGCCUUCCUACCACAACUGUAUUGCAUUUAUUUUGUAAAACAAUUAAAGCUGUGUUAAACCGUU